CAAAUCGAAGCCGCCAUGGCGCGCCACCUCCACGCCCACACGCACCCACCCACCGCGCCGGCGGCGAGGCCAUCACCUCCUCCUCCUGCACGUGCGCCGUGGGCGUGGUCGCCGGAGCCGGAGGGGUGGAUGACGUGGCGGAGCUGCGACUACUGCGGGGAGGCGGCGGCGGCGCUGCACUGCAGGGCGGACGCGGCGAGGCUGUGCGUGGCGUGCGACCGCCACGUGCACGGCGCGAACGCGCUGUCGCGGCGCCACGUGCGGGCGCCGCUCUGCGCCCGGUGCGAGGCGCGCCCCGCGGCGGCGCGUGUCGCCGCCGUCGCUGGAGCUGGAGGAUGCGGCGGCGGCGGGGAGGCCAGGUUCCUUUGCGCCGGGUGCGCCGACGACGACGGUGCGGAGGCGGCGAGGGUGCCCGUGGUGGGGUUCUCCGGAUGCCCCGGGGCCGCCGAGCUCGCCGCGUCGUGGGGGCUCGACCUCGGCGGCGGCGGCGGAAGAGAUGAAUUCGAGGAGGAUCCGUUCUUCCCCGAGGCCGGUUACCCAAUGCUGGCGGCGGAUCGCGUGCUGCGGGACAUGUACGUGCCCUGCGACCCGCCGCCGGAGGUCGCCGCCGGCGGACGCGGACGGCGGCUCAAAGGGGACUCGCUCUGCCACCAGCUCGCCGAGCUGGCGCGGCGUGAGAUGGAAUCCGCGCCGGCGCAGGCGAACUCGGGAUCGAUCUCCCCAUCAGCUCGCCGGGGCUCUGCCGCUGCAAUCCGCCAUGAGGCUGCGGCAGCGGCGGCGGCGCAAAGGGCCACAUUGCCGUACAAGUCCACGCCGGUGACGGAGGCGGCGGGCUGCGGCGAUGUCGGCAACGGCGAGCAGUUCACCGACGACAACGAACUCGUGUGGCAGCGCACCGCGCCCUCCGAUCCGCCAUGCCAGAUAUGGGAUUUUAAUCUAGGAAAAUCAAGGGACCAUGAUGAGCACUCUGCACUUGAACUUCAUUUCGGCCCAAAAGAUGGAGGCUUUAUGAUCAAAAGUUAUAAUGACAUGAUUGAGGAAGUUUCCUCUAGCUCAAGGAAAGAUCUUCAAUAUAUUUAUGACUCGACAUACUCUUUUGCCACGGAAGAUAUUGUGUCGGCCAAUAUCUACCAGUUGACUCCAAAACAGCUGAGCACUGCCACAUCCGGCAACAGGCGACACAAGAACGAGCAACACGGAUUGACAAAUGACGGGCCAUCAUCUUCGAGGAUCGUUGACGUCGAUAGAACUCUGAACUCUUCUCCUGAAGAAGUUGCAGCAGUUCUUGCCGGGGAGAACUGUAUCACUGAUCAAACUGUAACUGGAGCUGAUCAGAGGAAUUCCCUGAAGAUCGACAGCAAAACGAUCGCCAUGAACAGGGACAACGCGAUGCAACGGUAUAGAGAAAAGAGAAAGACUCGCAGGUAUGACAAGCACAUCCGGUACGAGUCGAGGAAGAUGAGAGCCGACACGAGGACGCGGGUGAAAGGGCGCUUCGUCAGGGCCACUGACAUCUUCAACGUCGGUGGCGGCGACGGCGGCUGAAAAUGUGCUUGCGAUGUCUGAAAUCCAGCGACAUCCUCAACAACGUCAGUUCAGUGGGGAUUAUUGCUGGGGGAAUGGAGAUGCUGCAUCACCAACACUUUUUGUGAAUAGCCUGAACUGAAACUUGUUUCCUGGAGUAGUAGAAUACAUACGAUAUCACAUCCAUGAUCUUGUAUUGUUGUAUUUUUUUUUUUGAGGGAUUGUUUUUUUUUAAUGACAAGUUUUUUUUGAAUGACUUUUUGAGGGAUUGUUGUAUGGUUAUUAUUCCACUCAGAAGUUUUUGCAGCCCCUGAAAAUGUGGCAAGUUAUGUAGGACCUGUUUGUAAUUUUGUUGCCACUUUCAACCCCACUAAACUUUAGUAGGGUAGCAAACUAAACAUUAUCUUAUAAAUACAAUUGUAUUAAUAUUUGGUAGUUA